CUGCAGGUGCACUGUCGGAACGGUGUCUACUGAUAUUGGUGUCUUUCCACCCUAUUCGAAACGUUCUAUUACUAAAGACAUCAGGAUUAAACAGGGAAGCUCAUUCGGUACAGCCCGUUUAAUCGAUUAAAGUGCUUCAUCGAUUUUAAACGUGAUCAGUUUACAGUUCAACUGGUGGUAAUACUGUAUAAGUGAAUAAUCGCACAACACAACCGCCAAGAACAAGAAGUGCUGAAUGAAAGAAGGAAACGGAAAAUGCCAGUAAAUCGGGAAAUGUAACCGAAUUAUUUGUCACCCACGACUGAUCGAGUGAGGAACGACUCCAAAAAGCUCGUCUGUGCCACCUACAGUCGGCACUCGGACUGUGUGUUAUCAGCGGUGCGCCUGUGCUGACCGGAUCGCCGUUUCUGCGAUCUUUCCUGAUCAUUCCUCGUUCUAGUGCAUCCGUUUGUAUGUGUGAGCGUUUCGGUGCUAUUUUUUUGUUGUGCGGGUGAUCUUUAGUGUUAGUUGUGCAGGUUUUGUCUUCUAUCUACUACUUGCCGUCCGGAGAAAGCAACGCGUUAUCAUUCCUAGCGCUUCCAUCUCAGCAGUCGCUUCCCGCGGGAAGCUGUGAAGGUGUCGUAACCAAAGAUUUGAUCGAUACGAUCAACGAGCCACCAGUCAUUCGUACCUUUGGAAUCGACCACUGAGUCAGGGUGUGACCAGCAGCCGCACCAGCAACAACUACUUAGCAAUCAUGGGAAAGACCACGGCGAUCACUACAGCGGACGAGCAGGAGAUUGCCGAAGCACGCGGUACCACCGUUCCGGACAUGCUUUACGAUGUGGUAGCCCGCGCUGCAACAACCUCCGUCGGUCAGUUCAUAUACAAACGCAUCGAUAACUUACUGUGGACAAUAGAGAAAACUGCAAGAUGGUCUCUUCCGCAACCUUCGCCAGCUGCACAAAGCUUCAAAACAUCAGCCGCCGACGAGAGCGAAGACAUUGGAAGCAACAUUUCCGGCCCACCGCUUAUAAGGCCGCUGCCGUGGUUGCUCUUCCUUCCGGCACUGAUCGCACUGCGCAUGGUGCGUAGUGCGCUGUCCAUCGGUGCUCGAUUCGUUGGCCGGGGUCCUGUGCUACCGUCGACCGUGGUAGGGUUCUUGCAAAAUAAACGACGGAAGCUUCGUGCUCUCAAGUACCGUGGCCAGCGAUUGCAGCGCAUUGCUAAAGUCGAACAGGAAGCGGACCCUAAACAAGUGACUUGGCUUCAGCGGAUCAUUCUGCCGCUGCGGAUGGUUAUCUGCACGCGCCCUUACGGAACGAUCGAUGCAAACUCCGACGUAGCGCAUGCCGUCAUAUUCCGCAAGGAUCGCCCAGCUGGCGCUGGACAGAAGCGGGUUGUCUCGAAGAAGCGUAAUCUUAACCAGCGUGAAGCGGAAAGUGCCGAAGAGGAAGCUAGCGAUGAGGACUCCUUCGAGGAUGCGGGAUGCAAGGAAUUGCUGGAUAAGUACGCACACGAGGAAGAUUCGAGCUUUAACGUGGAAGAUGCUUCGUCGGCCAGCUCUGACGCAAUCGACACUUCCCUUUCCGAGACUGAUCCUUCGCCCAAGAAACCUACCCUGGAGACUGACAACAUCUCGCGUCAACAGCAGCUCUCCCAACCGAAACAAAACGGAGGUCAGCAGCCAUCAUCUAAGGCAGAUACGUUGAAGCGUUCGUCAAGCGAAAACAAGAAUGGUCACGAAUCGCAACCACCGGCACCAAAGACCUCCACACAAAAGACAAUCAACGCUGGAAAUCGAUCUAAAUCUGCUGCUGAUUUGGAAAAUGGAAACGCUCAAUCGUCUCACACGGCUGGAUCGGAUGGCAAGAAUGCUGCGACGGCCAACAUGUCCAGCAAUACUACGCCUUCCAAGAGCAUCCCGAACCUUUCCAGUUCGCCGGAAAACAAUGAGAACAAACCGAUCAAUCAGAACGUGUCUGGUGGACCGACUGCAACCGUUGCUGCUGCUGCUGCGUCUCAGAUUAAAUCACCUUCGCCGACGGUUCUUAAGCCAACGGGGGCCAAACAGUCCCCGACUAUGAGCGAUGUUCGCACUAACUAUCAGCAGCAAAAGCAGGCGAGUCAAAAGCACCUCGUUACAUCCGGUUCGUCCGCUCAGCAGCAGCAACAAACUGCACCACACCAGCAGCAGCAGCAACAGCAGCAGUACGUCAGUAAUGGCGCGAAGCAAUCUCGCUCCAAAAAGGGACCCACUCAGCCCGUUGCUUAGGAACCCAGGAUAAUGGUAUCGCCGCAUGGUAGAGAGCAUGGUUGUCCCGUCGGUUGCGCUGGUUAUGUUAUAAUAUUGUCGUAAUAUGUAAUUUGUCUUGUUAAUGUUUGAAUAAUGUUUGAAAUGGGUCUGUUUUGUUUCUUCGAGGUUUUACCGUAGUGUCGCUGUAGCGAUCGUUUAAUAAAUUUUGCCCACAAGUGUCUUGUUUCAUACUCCA